AUGGCGGCCGCGCGCCCCCCGCCCACCCGGUUCCACGCGGUCCACGGGGCCAACGUGCGCGUGGACGCCUCCGGCACUCGGGCCACCCGCGUGGAGAGCUUCGCCCACGGGCUGUGCUUCAGCCACCGGCCGCUGGAGCCCGGGCAGAUCUUCCUGGUGGAGAUCGAGGAGAAGGAGCCCGGCUGGUGCGGCCACCUGCGGGUGGGGCUGACCGCCCACGACCCCCGCAGCCUGGCCCCGGUGCCCGAGCACGCGCUCCCGGACCUGGUCGGCCUGGGGGACAGCUGGGUCUUCGCCAUCACCCGCAACCACAACCGGGUGACCGAGGCGCCGGCCGGCGGGCCGGGGCUCCUCCGCGGGCCCCACCUGCUCAUCGGGCCGGUCCGCAUCCCCCGCGACAAACUGGUGGGCCGAAGCCGGCCGGGCCGCUACAGCCACAUCCUGGACGAGCUGUACAAGACCAACGUGCUGCCGGCCACGGCCCGGAAGAGCCGGAUCGGGGUGCUGUUCGCGCCGCAGCCGGACGGGACGGCCGACAUGCACAUGGUCAUCAACGGGGAAGACAUGGGGGCCAGCGCCAGGGGUCUGCCCGGCUCCCGCCCCCUCUACGCCGUGGUUGACCUCUUUGCUUCCACCAAGAGCGUCCGGAUCAUCCAGGUGGAGUACGGCUUGCCCUCCCUGCAGACGCUCUGCCGCACAGCCGUCCAGAAACACAUCACCCACCGCCUGGCCAUCGAGGAGCUGAACUUGCCUCCCCUGUUGAAGAACCUCUGCAAGUACGAAUGA